GCUCAACUCUACGCCGAGUCGGGACACCUGCGCCGAGGCCUAAUGUCAUCCGCCAACAGAUAACAGAAUUGCAAACAACGCGGUCGGCAAAGGAACAAGCACUGGCUCGUUUCUUGCUCAACUGUACUUCGUACCAAGUUUGAACCUCUAGCCGAGGCGCUGACCCGUCCAAUCGAACUUGGAGAUGGCGGAUCCUUCGAAAGAAAUUGAUACUCAGCGUUGCCAAUUUGCCGAGCUGAGGUAACUCAGGGUUGCUUGUCCUCCAUUCCAUGUCUAUGGUCGCAGCAGCUUGUUCAUUGGCGUCCGUGGGAGCUCAAAUGCCGCGGAAAGCCGUUUCUUCUGCCGAAUGUCAAGGCCCCAUGCCAAAGCUGUCCGCCGAUCGCGAAUUUCGAUUGUCCAGACGUGCUGACGUGAAUUGAGCAUGUAGGCUUGGACGACUUCGGAUUUGUUCCGUGAAUCCUCCUAAUCUGACGAGAUUGAAUUGAGGGACAAGGAAAAUGAUAUUCCUCAACCGGCUCAGGGUAGCCCAGCGUGUCUUGGGGCGCGCGCUUCCGUGUCGCGGGCGGCGGGCUUGCGACAGCUGUUACAUAACAGCCCACCAAUCAUGGAGCUCCGUCGCCGCGCGCGCCAGGGACCCCUCUCAGGGCCGAUGAUCGCCGAAAUUCGUCCCUCCACCUUCACACGUUCAUGCCUUCAGCCCAAACGUCGCCAACAAACUCCGCCCCCUUUUCCCGCCCGCUCGUAACGCAACUGCCGCCGCGCACUCCUCGUCCGCCCCCCAUGGCAGCAGCACCAAGCCUCAUGGCCGCCGAGAUGCUCCCCCGAUUUCUGCUCCCGCGCCUGAGCUGGGCCGCGGGCGCCGCCGCCACCCCGCACGCAGUGUCUCGAUCCGUCGCAUCGACAUCGCGGCCGUGGGCUGUCGCGUUCCAGGACGGGCGGACGUCCGGCGCGAGACGCUCGUUUUACCAUGGCUCGUCGCCGCCCGCGAGACCCUCAUCCAUCGCGGAUGGUGCGCCUGCGACGCCGCCGUCGCCGCGGAGGAGGAGCAGCCCGAUAUUGCGUCGUGCGUUCCACGCGACGGCGCUGCGGCAGCGCGACCACCACUUUGAUACGCUCAAGUUCGUCAAGCGCCUACAGGGCGAGGGGUUCACCGAGGAGCAGUCCGUGGCCAUGAUGAAGGUCCUCAACGACGUCAUCGAGGAGAGCAUCCAAAACCUCACCCGCACCAUGGUCCUCCGCGAGGACGCCGCCAAGGCCACGUACACGCAAAAGGUCGACUUCGCCAAGCUGCGCUCCGAGCUCCUCUCGGCCGACAGCACCGAGUCCAACACGACGCGCAGCGCCCACGAGCGCCUGACCAACGACAUCACCAAGCUGAGCAGCCGCCUGCGCGACGAGAUCGGCCGCACCCAGGCCAGCGUGCGCCUCGACCUCAACCUCGAAAAGGGCCGCAUCCGCGAGGAGGCCGUGGGCCAGGAGCUCAAGAUCAAGGAGACGGAGAGCAAGAUCGAGCAGGAGGUGGCGGCGCUGCGCGAGAAGCUGGAGCAGGUCAAGUUCCAGACGCUGCAGUGGCUGAUUGGCGUCUGCACUGGUUUCGCGGCCCUGCUGCUCGGUGCCUGGCGCUUGCUCAUGUAGCGGCGGCGGUGGCGGCGACGGGCGGAGUUUGCGAUGCAGAGUAGACGGCGCUCUAUGAUUAUAGCGGUGGUAUGUGUUGACAGGCAGCAGGGCUGGACUUGCGAUACCCGCGUAGCUUGCAUUGAUAUUAAUAUACAAAGACUUGCCGCG